AUGCAGCUGGAGAUCGAGUGUAUCCGGCUCAAGAGAGAGAGAAACCAGCUUCUCCCUGUCCAACGACUCCCCGCGGAACUGCUACUCCAGAUAAUCAACCUGGCUUGGACAGACUGCGCGCCCCGCCACUGGGAGCCCGUGUUCCUUGUGGGGGUUACCCAUGUCUGUAGUUAUUGGCGAGAGAUUUCAUUGACUGCUUCACAACUCUGGUCCCGCAUCUGCCUGAAGAAUCCGCGGUACUUUGCA